CGACGCUCCACUUCCGUCUCCUUCCACAACAAGAGUCGCCGAAGAGCUCCGCGCGUCACAGACACGCGACAAAGUCUGUAAACACCAUGACGUCAUAUUCGCGAGCCUCAGUGACACCGUCCGGGAGACGAAAGAGCGACUGAUGACAUGACGGGGUCAAAGAUGAGAAGAACCUGAGACUUUCGUCGGUAGAAUCAUCCCGGGAUCUUGUUGAAUCAAUCACGUGACACUGAGCAGGCCGCCAUGCUGGCUGUCCGCUGCCGGCCGGUCCUGCGGCUUCAGGUCCUUCCUGUUCGGGUGCUGUGCUCCCCGCCUCGUCAGCACACCUGCUCACCUGUGCGGCUCCAGUCCAGUGGAGGCGGCUGGUACAGCAGCGUGUCCCAGUCCUCAGCCGUGCACCUGGCUGAGGACUACCUGGUCCACCUGCAGCAGCUGAGCGGGCUCCCCUGGUGGCUCAGCAUCGCCGCUGCCACCGUCACCGCCCGGACGGUUGUCACGCUACCGCUGGCUGCGUAUCAGCUGAUCAUCCUCUCCAGAGUGGAGGGACUACAGCAAGAGAUCCGCCAGUUGGCUGACAGGCUUCGGUAUGAGGUGACCAUGCGAGCGCGCGACGUGGGCUGGACGGAGCGGCAGUGCCGGAUCCAGUUCCAGAAGAACAUGCGGCGAAUUGUCUCUCAGCUCUACAUAAGAGACAACUGCCAUCCCUUCAAGGCCAGUCUGCUGGUCUGGGUCCAGCUGCCGAUGUGGAUCAGCCUUUCUCUUGCCCUGCGGAACCUAAGCCUGGACCAGUCUGCGCGGCACUCUGAUCUGGCAGUCGGGGGAGCUCUGUGGUUCCCUGACCUCACCACACCGGACUCUACCUGGAUCAUCCCGGUUUGUCUGGGCCUCACCAACCUGCUGAUCAUUGAGAUCUUUUCGCUGCAGAGACGCGAAGCCUCUCGUGUCCAAAAGCUAGUUACCAAUGCUGUCAGAGGAUUCUCAGUCCUCAUGGUUCCAGUUGCCGCCACAGUUCCAGCGUCUAUGGCUCUGUACUGGUGGGUCUCCAGCCUGGUGGGUCUGUGUCAGAACCUGCUCCUACGUUCUCCUGCCGUCACCAGGAUGCUUGGUGUCAAAGCGCCGGAUUCGCCGACACCCUACCGAGACCUGCUGGCUGCCCUCCACCACAGAUUCUUCCAGAGGAAGACCUGACCCUCGAUGAUGCCACUUCCUGUCUCAGCUCAAUAAAGAUUUUA